AUGAGCGCCAUCAGUGUGGUUUUGUUGGUGGUUCUGGAUGUGCUGUUUGAUUCAGACCACCUGCAGUUUCUGAGUUCACCGCACAAAUUAGCAGAGGACAUGGGGAACCUUGGACUUAAAGCAAUGCCAACUGUUAAUGACGCAGAUGCCUUUACGACCCAACAGGCGGAAAAAUUUGCUGCCCUUGUAAAGAACGAGCAAGCGCUUUUAGAAAAGGCUGUAGUAUAUGCAUUACUCAACGACAUGGCAGACACUGCGGUAUACAUCGACUUCAUAAGAGAUGAUGCUGGAAAAGGUCCUAUUAUAUUAUUCCCGGGAACUGAGAAGCCCAGAAAGAUGCUGUAUAUAGUAUUCGGAUCCAAAGUCGACACAGACAAGGAGCUUGAAUAUGGAGACCUAGAAAAUGCAGCCAAUGACGGCAGGUACAAUUUCAACGACCUCUCCGAUUUGGCAACGAAGUUCAAUUUAAAAAAGAGAAUGCAAAUCCGUACCUUCUUGAAGGAGUAA